UUUUGCACUCGGUGUUUUUGUUCUAGUGAUAAGAAAUAGGAGACAAAACAAACACUUCAAUUUUGAACUUGAAAUUUUGUAAAUAAUUAGACAAUUUAGUUUUUUAAUAGUAUAAUUAAGAUAAAGUAGUGUUUUUGAUAUAAUAAUUUUAUACUAGAGAAUAUGUCUUCCCAACAGGAAAUUUAUAUAGAAAAGUAUUUAAUACCGGAAAUCGUAUCCCAAUUAGACAAUGAGGAAUUGAUUUCAUUUAAAGCGGAAAAUUCGGGUGGUUUAGAUGGUUUUAUGUCCACUUUAUAUAAUAUACAAUUAAAAACUAAAACUGCCAAAGGCGAAAAAGAACGUUUACUAAUAGCCAAAUUUAUGCGCGGUGAUGUGGCCUUUAGGGAAUCCAGUAAAUCCUAUAUACAAUUUGCCAAUGAGAUCUAUAUCUAUGGCACGGUUUUGCCUUAUUACGAAAAGUUUUUGAAAGAUUUGGGUGUCACCACUAUCAAUGUAAAAGAUUUGGUGCCUCCCACUUUUGUGGCCAAAUUUGGUUAUAUUGAAGGUUUAAGCUCUUCACCCCAAGAACGGGAGUGUUCUUUAGUUAUGGAAAAUCUUAAGCCCUUGGGUUAUCAACUAGGCCCUAGAUUAGUGCUUAAUCGUGAUCAUUUGUUACAUAUGUGCAAAACUAUAGGACAAUAUCAUGCUUUAUCCUAUGCCCUCAGGGCCUUAAACCCCAACCAACUAGAUCGUUUAAAGGCAGGCAUUAUAACUCUGCCCUUUAUCAAGGAGGACGAUCCCAAUGAUGCUAAUACUAAUCUAUAUCGUGUGUUAUAUCGUCAUGCUUUUGAUCGUUUAUUUGAAUUUUAUGAGCGAAAAUUUGAGUCUAAUACAUUUGAUAGAAAGUCCUCAAAAGAUUUGAAACUAAUCGAAUGUUUGCAUAAAUUAAAAGCGAAAUACUUUGAGGAACCUACACGACUAAUGGAGAAAAUAAGAACGAAAGUCGAAGAAACUGAAGAAGACAAACUAUUUGGUGCUAUUCUACAUGGAGACUAUAAUCGUAAUAAUGUUUUGUUUAAAUAUAAACCCGCUAAAGGAGGAAAGGAGGAGGAAAAGUCAGUGGAAGAUAUGAAAAUGAUAGAUUUUCAGGAAAUGCGCUAUGGUUCCCCUUGCCUGGAUUUGUCAUUCUUUAUGUAUUUCAAUACCUCCGAAGAGGAACGUUACGAAAUUUGGGGUGUUUUAUUAAAAUCUUAUCAUUCCACUAUGUUUUCCACACUUUCCACUAUACUAAAAGCUUCCCAGAAAUCGAAAAAAGAACAGGAGGAAAUUUUACAUCAUUAUAGUUUUGAAAAAUUCCAAAAGCACUUUUCCCGCUUUGCUUUUUACGGCGUCAUGAUAUGUACGCAUUUUCUACCCUGGAUGUUGUGCAGCGAAGAGGAAUGUGCGGGUCUAUCGAAAACAUUUGAAACUGAUUUACAUGGUGAGGAAUUUCGUAAAUUGUCUCUAGAGGCGGGUGGUGAUGAGGUCAAUAUGAAAGUUUUGAAUGCUAUAAGACAUGCCUGUGAAAUGGGUUAUAUGGAUGAUCUGUAAGAGAAUUUUGGUAGAGAAUUUUUUUUUGUGUAUAAAAUUUUUAUUUUUAUUAUUUGGGAUAAGGGUAUAGUUUAAAUAAAAUUUAUUAUAUAUUUUAAAGAAUAA